GCCGUGAUUCCCACAAAAAUAUAGAACCUUCUUCAAACAGACAAAGCUGGUGGGGGACUACAGCCUGGGACAGAUUGAAGAUGUCUGAGAAGAUGCCCGCCAGCUGGUCAGCCCACACUCUGAAGACGCGGCCAGGGAUGCCAUCUGGGCCAGAGGCUUUAGUCCAUACCACCUAAUGAAGAACAACUAAUAUUCAGAACACUGGUUCAGCUUGGGACGGAGACAACGAAGAUGGCACACAACAAGGGGUCGUCCCUGUCCAAUGCCCGUGGCCGUGAAAUUUAUGUUGGAAGUCAAAUCAGGGAUUCCAUUUCCCUUCUGGAUGUUUUGUACUCAAAUGCAUUCGAAGAAGAGGACAUAGACUCAGCAGUAGCGAAAAAGGCAGAGGCAGAUUUUUACAGAGGAGCCCCACCUCAAUGGCUUAACUUCUGCUGGGCUGAAAAGGCAACAUCAGCUAUUAAAACUACCCCCUUUAUCAAAAGAGAUGGGUACACGGAGCUGAUACAAAAUAUUAAGAAACAGCUUAAGGGCGACCUGACUUCUACCAUGAAUCUGCUGCAUCAGCCAGGCAGCGGAGGAACCACUCUGGCCAAGCAGGUGCUCUGGGAUAUGCGUAAAAAGCUCAGAUGUGCUGUUCUAACAGGUGCUACCUCAGACUUCACCGCUAUCGCCAAGCAGGUGAUUCACCUUUUCACUGCAGGCAGCCAAGGCCACCAGAACACUGUGCUCUUACUGCUGAAUGAUGUGUGUAUUCAGAAGAAUCUGCAGGAUGCCAUCAUGAAAGAGAUUACAGACCGAAACAUUACAACCCACAUGCCUGUGGUCAUCAUUUUAAACUGUGUGCGUAAGGCAGUUAUCAAACAAGAGGACCAUAACAAAUCAAGACAUGUUAUUCUCAGGGCGGAACUUUCUGAAGCAGAGAAACAACAGUUUGAGGAGAAACAGAUUGAGAUCAGUAGAAGCUACAGCAAUGAACACAAACAGUUUCAUGGCUUUAACAUAAUGCGAGAAAAUUUUAGUGGAGAUUAUGUUAAAGAAACAUGUGCCUUUUUAGAUGUCAGGAAAAAAAGAAGGCCUAAAAAAUCCCAGCUUCUUUCAUUCUUAUCACUGGUGAAUGCCUACGUCCCUGGAUCCCACCUUCUGGAGUCUCAAUGUCAGGCAUUCCUGGGGCCUCCAGAUCCCAUUUAUGGAGGCCCUUCCUUUGAGCAGCGAAUGGAGCCUUUCACUCAUCUGAUAGUGACAUUCCCUUCACAACAGGGACAAGACAAACAUGUCCGCAUGGCUCACCCACUGAUUGCACAGCAGUGUGUUGAGUUACUGGCUACAGCAGGUGUGACCAGGAGUGAUACAGCAAGGAACUUUCUGACAGACUUUUGUGGAGAAGAGGUGCAGCAACAUUUGAUGCCUGUCAUCAAAGACAUGCUAACUAAGAGGGAAAUCACUGUGGAUGUUAAGCAGAGUGCAGAAUGGAAACGAGACAUGUUAACGAAAGGGGAAAUGAGAGAAGAAAGGAAAGGCAAGUUUUCCAGGUUGAUUCAAGAUAUUGAAAAUACUGAAGGCAAAGAAUCCAAAAGCAUGUGUGUAUCUGUUUUACAACUAGCUUCAGAGAAAUUCAAGCAAAACCCAUUCUUUCCUAAAGCUCUUGCUCGUUUCUUUUACAUUGAGACAAGAGCCUAUUCUAAAGCGGAGAAGUGGGCAAAAAUAGCAAAAGACAGAGAUCCCAACAAUUCAUUUGUUGCUGACACUCUGGGGCAAGUAUACAAGAACCAUUUGAUGAGCAGGAUGAAAGUAGAGCAGAGUUCCUUCAGGGUUCCCAAACAGCUGGGUUCCAUCUCUGCACAAGAAAUUUUGCAACUAUCAACAAUGGCCUUUGAGGCUUUCAAAGAUGAGGAAAGGGCUGCUGAAAAUGAGCAGGGAGCAGAAAUGCAAUACGAUGGUAUGACCAAAGUCUCACACAUCUAUAACAACAGAGGACUAUUUGGUUAUCUACAGGUUGCCAACAUUGUUUUUGACUCACUUGUCUCUCUUGAUAAAAACUGGCAAAAGGUCCUUACCAUGGAAAUAUCCGCUGACUCUUUCUUCAUAUCAAUCGGACAGAAAAAGCUCUUCAAGUACAAGCCACUCAUCAUCAGCCUCAGGGAUGAGGUGGAGAGGAAAUGUGAGUUUUUUGAUGGUUACCUGACUUACUCUAAGCCCAACAUUAAAGAAAAUGAACCGCAUUACUUUCAGACUGAUGUCAAGAACUGCUACCGCAAAUACGUGGGGACAUGUACACCUAUACACUCAGAGUCUGCAAUAGAUGUACCCCUCCAGAAGCUCAAAGAAGAAAUGGCCAUUGCCUUCCCUGGACUGCUUUGCUGUCUUGAUAAGGGCUAUGAUGAAUCUAACUUACGCCGAAUAACAACAUUGUGGGGGGAAAUAAAAAAUAAAAAAAACAAGAAAGAUGGUGAAAACAAAGCGUCCCAAAACUUCAUCCUUGCCAACAUCAUCUUAAGCAAAGUGGAAGCAGCAUCUCCAAUGCUUACCCCGUUGCCAAUCCUAAGAAGCAGUCUGGAGAGACAUCUAGUGGCUAAUCUCAGUAACCAAACCCCAGAGUUUUACUUCUUAGUCCUUUUGCUGUUUUGGCCUGAGGAGCAGAAGAAAAUGGAUUUCAAUAUUGACCUCAACAAAUGUGUUCUGGAGAUGCAAGAGUCCUACAAAAACACAUACAAAAAGCAUCUUCGCUCAAGGUACCUUCUCCCCCUUAUUUUCCUGGGUAAGGGUGAGGGUUUGAGCAGACUGGUUCAUAGAGCAAAAAUAGACAACCUAUUGAUAGAAGAGAAUCCAAUGGCAAGGCCAGAGGCAAGGCCAGACUUUAUCUCUCAAAAGUGGAGCAGUGGUGAAGUGUGGAGAAAACCCAGUGUCCAGGACCUUCUUCUUCCAGUCAAUGGAGUGGUUAGACAGCACCGGGUGUUUGCGCGCGUUGAUGGCAAGGAGAUUAACGUUUGUGCCGGCCAACAAAGCAAAGUUUGGAAGUCUGGAGACGUCUGCUUCUACCUUGGCUUCACCAUUAGAGGUCCUGUGGCCUACGACAUCAUCUACCCAUCCUAUUCAGGGCCUGUGAGAAGUUGAACAACGUGCUUAAUGUGAUGACCUCAGGCCAGCACUUUGAGGACUUCACCGGACAGAACUGAUCUAGAGAGUGAACCAGGUGAAGCCCAUCUUGGAUAAACUCAUCACUGACAAGAGCUAAAGUUCAGUACUGGCUGAACGCACCACACAGGACCAGAUGGGGGAGCUCUCCACAGGACUGAGGGCAAGUGGCAUCAGAGCAAAAUAUAUUUUCUAUGAAAUCCUGAAGGAGCUGGAGCCACUGCUAGUCAAAGACCUGAAGGGUGAAUGAGGAGCUGGAAUGGUGAAUUGGGGACAUUUAAAGUUUGUUUUAGGGGAAAAGGGCAUAAAUGACGGCAGUUCCGCUUUGUUUUACUACUUUGUGUUUACAAUAAAACACAACCUAAGAGAGGUAUAGCCUCAUUCUUUUAUCAUUCUUAUUUUUCUACAUGUAAAUAUUAGUAGCCAGCAGAACAGCAACCAGCAACCUAGUGUUUUAGCCUUCAGGCUUUGCCAAAGAUAUAACAUUUUGAGCGAGCUUGGGGGUCUUGUAAAAGUUGGGUUGGAAGAUAAAUGCUCAACCAUCUCACCUAGAUACUCUGGAUCAUUUACAGACAAGAAAAUAUAUAAAGAAAAUAUGUAAUGAAAAUACAAAAGUAUACUGUGUAAAGAAUCGAUGAUAAAAAGAACAAUUCAAUUAUUUUGGCUACUAAAUGAUUGAGAAGUCAGUGAGGGUAAGGAAUACCAGCGAUCUAAAUACAUGUAUGAUAUGACUUUGUAAAGCUUUAUGUACAAGCCUAAUACAACUUUUUAAACAGUAAUGAUAUGUGCGAAUUUUUGUGACAUUUUCACAACACAGGUUUUAGAAUAUGUAUUGAAAUAAAUACCUACGUACAGA